ACAUACUAUCAAAGGAAUAAUAAUAAUAACGAAUAUUUUUUAAGUGCCUUAAUUAAUUAAUUUACAGCUCAAUUUAAAUGUUAUAGCAAUGAAUUCUAAUAUGAAAAGUGUUUUACGCAACUAUAUUCAGAAUUGUGGUGAAGGACGGAAUUUAAGUAAAUUCUUGAGAAGAAACAGCUAUUCGAGUGACGAGCGAGACAUAGCGUCUCCAAUAACGACAGAAACAUGCCGUAGUAAACAUAAAUCGUUAGAAAAUUUAAAUGAAGCCGCAAAAAAGGAAGAACACAUACGAAAAAGUCCACUUAAAGAUACGGAAUCAAAUAAAUCAAAAGAUCCAGAACCAAUUAAACCAAUGGAAGGGACUAAAGUCGUUGUAAAACAAACUGGAGAGAAAGUUGAUAAGAAAAAGACAUUUAAUUACGAAUCAGUAAUUGAAAUAACACUUCCGCCACAACAGCAACCAAAUUAUCCAGCACUUCCACAUACUAUGCCUGAAUUAUCCAAAGACAUAUCGUUUGGUGAGGAAAAAACCGAAGAACCGAUUAAACCAAUCAUAUGCACGCCAAAAAGCGCGAAAAUUCCACCACAUAAUAACAACAACAAUAAGAAAAUAUCACCAAGUUCUGGUAACGACGAGGAAAGCUUUGUAUCCAAUAAACAAAAUCCAAUGGAAUGGGAUGAUUUUAUUCCUGGAUAUGAAACAGAAAUAUCGCAACUAGAAGAAAAUCCAAAUAUGCAGUUAUGCAAUAAUAAUCCGAUGGAACUGAACGAUAACGAAUUAAAUACUCUAAAAACCUAUUUCCAUCAGCGCGGUUUACAAUUGCCAAAUGAAAACUUGAUUGUUGUUAUAAAGAAUCGACAUGAAAAAGUGUCGGAAGGUGAGAGAGCAUUAGAGCACAUUCGUAGAAAUAAAGAGAAGUGGCAGAACAUAUAUGAGAAAUAUAAGGAGAAAUAUCAGCCCCAACAGCAGACAACGAUUAAUUUUGAAGACAUUGAGGCACAAUCGACACCUAAAAUUCCAGAAAUGUCAUCAGGAGCAUCAAAAAUAUCAGCAGUGACUGAAAAGGGAUCACAAACUAGUUUAAUUCGAAGUUCUGCUAAAAGUGUUCAAGUUGAAUCAUCGUCAAUAAAUAGAAAUCAAUAUAAAAGUGCAAGUAAGGAUGUAGCAACAAUAGAAAGCAAGACAGAAGACUAUGAAGUGUACCAAAAUCACAGUGAAAUUGCUGAAAGCUUUGAAUUCGUUCAUGGACCAAAAAGGAAAGAAUCAGUAAGUAGUAAAGAGUCAAGUCGCUCAAAAAAGAGCACUUCAAUGGCCACAGAAGCAGGAUCUAGUAAAAUUUCAGUGCUCAGUGAAUCCCUUAAAAAUGAGGACAUAGCAAACUUUGACGACUCAUUAAAAGUUGCCAUAGCACUUUUAAAUUCUUUAUUAGACUCAAAUAUGCGACCGGAAUUGAAAAGAAAUUUGGCUGAAAAAGUCAUUCAAAAAAUCACACAAAUACAGACAUCAAAGAGCAUUCAAACAUCAACAAUCGACAGCACAAACUCAUCAAAAAGCCAUUCAGUCAAAAAAUCAGCGAAGGAGAAAUCAGCACGUCGUGAAGAAGCGCUCAAAGAAUGCCUCGCACCAAUGACAAAAUCUGAAUAUAGUCAUCAAAAUUCACAGUCGUCAAACAAGGAAAGUUUUGGCACUAAUUCGAUUCAAAAAAGCCAAUUAAUGAAUUUUGUGAAACGUGAGAAGCAAUCACAAUUGAAAUGGAUCGAAAAGGAGAUUGAGCAUUUAAAUAAUUUACGUGAUUUGUUGAAGAGGAAUGAGACGUCAUUAAGUGAGAAUUGUCCAAUUUAUGAGAAUUUAUCGUCCAUUAAGACGAAGGAAAAGUCAUUAAGGAGCGAGCCUGAGAAAAAGGCAGCAACAGAUACAAACUUUUGGAAUUCGCACGCAAAUAUGAAAAAAAUUAAAAAUCGAUCAAAAAUGGAAUUGCCAAACUCUGACCUGAAUUUAUCACGAGCUGAAAGUCUUUCAAGUUUUAUUGACAGCAGGAGUAAGAGGUUCCUUGAAAAGUACAGUCAGCACCAAAAAAAAUUAGAAGAAAAUGAUUAUACACAGCCAAAAAGUAAUGUUUCGAAAGAUCCUCAAGUAAAAAGUAAAUCUACAAGAAAAACACAAAUGACUGCAAAUAAGGACGUCCAAACAUCUACAUCACUAGCUUCAUCGUCCGUCUUUGAAUCGUCAGAUUUAACAAAUGUACCUUCAUCAUCUGCCAACACUAAUACAAAAUCAACGACGCAUUAUCAGACGAGUAAGGCAGUGAGUUCAAGGGAGCAUAAACAAAAAGUUGCAGUUACACAAACAACAGACUCAAUUUGUCGAACUCGACCUAUUUAUGAAGUUCGAGAUAAGAAUGAUGAAAAAUUCGGUACAACGUCAACGACUGUAACAAAACGUGUUCAAAAGCUUCAGAAUGAUAAGCAGCUUCAAACUCAACCACCGUCUAUUAAAUAUACAUUGACAUUUGAUAAGAAGAGUAAGCCAAAAAUGAGACCGUACUCAUCGUUGCCACAAAAGAUGUCGAAUGAUUAUGGAACAAUAAGUAAAAGUUCAAAGGAUAUUUACAAUCAAAUUAGCUAUUCAGCGUCACUAAAUUAUCAUUAUGAGGAGAAUAAAGAAAAUUAUGAUAAUGACAUUCUCUUUGACGAUGCUGACGAGGACGUUGACUUGCAGAAGUGCUUUAAAAAGCGUCCGAAUAUAUAUUCGCGUUUCGAGCAACGUAAAAAGUGCAUCGAGGAAUUGAGAAAAUUGAGAGCACUAAGGAAUGAGCAUCGAUCUAAGCUUCUCUUACUAACAUCGGAAAAAUCAUUGGAAGGGAAAUUAUUUAGUAGUUUGCCUGAGCUUCCUUUACGAACGACGAGGAUGUUUAGCACAAAAGCUUUAAAACUGCAGACAAAUAAAGUUGUGAGAAAUUUGAACGAAGUUAAGCAGAAGAAGAAGGAGGAGAAUCUUAAAAACUUGAAGAAAAAGACUCGUUUGAUGACUGAAAUAUUUAAUAAAAAUCUCCAAAGAAAUGUCUUGAAAGGAAAUUUAAAUCUCUCGAAUACAGUUAACUUAAUUACAAAAUAGCAUAAAAUUAAAUUGUGUACGUUGUAAAGAUAAAAAUUAUUUUAAGUAUGAACUGAUGCUCAGUAAAUUUAGGUCAAUGGUUAAUGAUACUGUAAAAAUGAAC